AGCUACAAAACAGGUGUGGACUACAAAAGCAUGGCAGCUGCUGAGGCGGUGGCGGUGGUGUUGUCGUCCUCUUUGAAACCAGACCCAGCCCCAGUCCCCGAAAGUGCAGGGACAGCUGCAGCAACGGCCGCCACAUCCUCAGCGAUGGCUGCAGCCGCGGCGCUUGCGGCCGCGGCCAGGACCGGAUCCGAAGCCACGGUCUCCAAGCCCGCGUUGGCUACUAAGCUGCUGUCGCUGAGCGGCGUGUUCGCUGUGCACAAGCCCAAAGGGCCCACUUCAGCCGAGUUGCUGAAUCGGCUGAAGGAGAAGCUGCUGGCAGAAGCUGGAAUGCCUUCUCCAGAAUGGACCAAGAGGAAAAAGCAGACUUUGAAAAUUGGGCAUGGAGGGACUCUAGACAGUGCAGCCCGAGGAGUCCUGGUGGUUGGAAUUGGAAGGGGAACAAAAAUGCUGACCAGUAUGUUAUCAGGGUCCAAGAGAUAUAUUGCCAUUGGGGAACUGGGGAAGGCUACUGACACGCUAGAUUCUACAGGGAAAGUAACAGAAGAAAAACCUUAUGAUAAAAUAACACAAGAAGAUAUUGAAGGCAUUCUACAGAAAUUCACUGGGAAUAUAAUGCAGGUACCUCCCCUCUAUUCUGCAUUAAAGAAAGAUGGCCAGAGACUUUCAACUUUGAUGAAGAGAGGUGACGUAGUAGAAGCGAAGCCUGCCAGGCCAGUUACUGUAUACAGUCUCUCCCUUCAGAAAUUCCAGCCACCAUUUUUCACACUAGAUGUCGAAUGUGGAGGAGGUUUUUAUAUCAGAAGCUUGGUCAGUGACAUUGGCAAAGAACUUUCUUCCUGUGCCAAUGUGCUAGAGCUGACGCGCACCAAACAGGGACCUUUCACCCUGGAGGAGCAUGCCCUGCCCGAAGACAGAUGGACGAUUGAUGACAUCGCACAGUCUCUCGAGCAGUGCUCACCUCUUCUCCCAGCAGAGCUGGCACUUAAAAAAUCAAAACCUGAGGAGUCUAAUGAGCAAGUUUUGAGCUGUGAGUAUAUAACUCUGAAUGAGACAAAGGGAGAAGAUGAUGUAAUUAAGACACUUUAAGACUGGCUUGGGAUUGUUAUCAUUUCCUGGUUGACAUUUGAAUCCUGUGUGCGGAAUGACAGGCUACAUGCAAAAGACAAAUGAUACCUCUGGGUUUUUUUCUUUUUUUGCAUGAAGAAAAAUGUCCAUCAUUGAUGGUUUCUAUGGUACACAAUUUAUCUGCUGUACAUUAUAAAUAGCCCUGCAGUUGUUCAUUUCUUGCUGUACUGUAGAAUGUUGUCAUGCUGUUAGAUCGGAUUCAGGAAAAGCAACUUUUUGAUUUUGAUCUCUCUUAAAAAGUCUUUUCCUAUGAAAAAGUUGACCAUAUUUUCUAAUCAGAGGGGAAAAACAAUGAGCUACAUGUUUCUUUGGUGUCAUGAAGUGAAUGUAUAUUUGUUUCUUUGACUUUAUUUUGGCUUCCUGGUGGCUCUGGUUAUUGAAACUCCUUAACUAUGUUUGAAAAAGCCAUUAUUUAGCUCUUAUGUCUUAGAGAGUUGAUGAUUAUUAAGAACAUUUCUUUAAUAAUGUUAUACUUAUCUUGGUAAUAGCUGUGUUUGUUUAGAUCUUGGAAACUAAUAAACUUUUAUAA